AUGUUUUUUGUUAGAAUUUAUUCUGCUCCAAAAGACAAUUCUACAACAAGGCUUUGUUCUAAAGGUGCGCGGAUCCACAUCACACGUUAUGCUCUCGUUAUUGUCCAAGAAGUUCCUCCAAAGCAACGAUUUUAUCUUAAUCUUGAAGACCUUUCAGGUUCGCUUUCUUAA